AUGCAGCUCACCAAGACCCUGUCGAUCCUCGCGUUCCUGGCCGCCGCCUCGCAAUGCCAGACGCUCGAGGAACGGUCCCUGAUCGAGGCCUUCCUGCCCAGAUGCAAAAGUGUCCCCGGAGACAGCAACUGGCCGUCCGAGUUCUCAUGGAAGGCCCUUAACCUCGUCACGGGCGGGCGUCUCGUCAAGACGGCGCCCGUCGCGCAGUCGUGCUACGAUGGCCCGGCCAAGGACCUCGACGAGUGCGCCUACGUGACCAAGAUGUGGUCGGACCAGGACUUCCAGACGUCGAACCCCAUCGGCCGGCCGUACCCUUACAACAUCACCUGCGCGCCCGUCGACUACGCCGCGGGCGAGACUCCCUCGGCACCGGGAUGCUCCCUCGGCCCGCUGCCGACGUACGCCGUCAACGCGACGAACCGCGCCCACAUCCUCUCGGCGCUCCUCUUCGCGCGCCUGCACAACGUGCGCCUCGUCGUCGCCAGCACGGGCCACGACCUCCUCGGCCGCUCCGACGGCUUCGGCGCGCUCGAGAUCUGGCUGCGGCACUACCGCAACAGCAUCGACUUCCAGGACACGUACUCGUCCGCCAACCGGUGCGCCCGGUCCGGCUGGGCCGGCAGCGCCAUCCGCAUCGACGGCGCCUGGCAGUGGCGGGACGUCUACAAGGUCGCCAAGGCCAACAACGUCAUCGCCGUCGGCGGCGGCGCCGUGUCCCCCGGGGCGACCGGCGGGUGGCCGUCCGGCGGCGGACACGGGCCGGCGACCCGUAAUUACGGCCUCGGCGCCGACCAGAUCCUCGAGGCCGAGGUGAUGCUCGCCGACGGCCGCGUCGUCACGGCCAACCACUGCGAGAACGCCGACCUCUUCCGCGCCCUCCGCGGCGGCGGGCCGGGCUACGGCAUCGUCCUCGGCACCACCGUCAAGGCGCACCCCAACGUCGACGUCGUCACGGCCCACCACCUCGCCAUCGCGCCCCUCCGUCCCUCGGCCAACAACUCGGACCUCCUCGACGCCGUCUCGGUCCUGCUGCGUUCGUACCCUGACCUCAGCGACGCCGGCUUCGCGGGCUACGCCUACUGGUUCCGCAACUUCCCCGGCGUCUUCGUCGGCAACGCCUCCUCGGGCUACUCCCACGGCUUCUGGACCAUUGGCAAGACGCGCGACGAGGCCGACGCCGGCUUCGCCCCCGUGCGCGAGGCCCUCGCCGCCUUCCGGGACCGCCUCUUCGUCCACGAGAGCUUCGCCAGCUACGCCGACUACUGGUCCUUCUACGAGGCCGAGUCCGGGCUGUACGACCCGACGGGCGACACCUCCAUCCUGACGUCGCGCCUGAUCGACCGCUCCGCCGUCGCCGACGCCGCCGCCGUGCGCGAUGCCGUCGAGGUCCUCAGCGGCAAGCCCGAGGAGUUCGCGUCCAACGUCGUGCUCCUCGUCUCGGGCGGCCAGGUGUUCGAGGACGCCGCGGACGAGACGUCCGGCCUGCACCCGGCCUGGCGCAGCUCGUCGUACGCGCUCAUCACGGGCCGCGGCAUCCCCCGGACGGCCGGCCGCGCGCUGCGCCAGGCCGUCCAGGACGACGUCACCUUCGUCAAGGGCGCCGCCGGCAAGCGGCUCGCGCCCGCGACGGGCGGCUACAUGAACGAGGGCGACCGCCACGACCCGGACUACAUCGAGACCUUCUACGGCGCCAACUACGCGCGCCACCUGGCGGCCAAGAAGAAGUACGACCCGUUCGGCGUCUUCUACUGCCCGACGUGCGUCGGCGCCGAGGCCUUUGUCGAGAGGCCGGACGGGCCGCUGUGUAGGGUGUGA